CUACUACUAGCCUAAGAGGGCUAUGGGUUCUAAGACCCUUUUCCCUCUCCUUUUAUUUUGUUUUAUUUUUUUUUCCAAUUUCAUUUCAUAUUGAGUGUACCGUCAUAGUUUACACUUUACACCACUGCCUAUUUCUCUUCAUCCUGAUUUUCAGAUUCUUUUUAAAGCUCUCUCUGCAUUUACUCUUUUGAUUCCUUCUUCGCCAAUCGCCGCUUCUUGAUUGCCGCCUCUCCCAAUUAUCUUUGUCUCUUUCCUUUUAACAUUUCUAUAUUUCUCUCCUUUUAUAGGAUAUAUUAUAUGAUGUAGCAUUACGCCAUUACCCUUUAGCCUUUCUCCUCUCUCUCUUCUCUCAUUUAUGUAUGUUACGGGGCCAAAAAUGACUGUAGAGCAGAGGAAUGAUAAGCAAAAUGAUGAGUUUCCAGUGGGGAUGAGAGUGUUGGCUGUGGAUGACAACCCAACUUGCCUGAUGGUGUUGGAAAAUCUGCUUCGGAAAUGCCAGUACCAUGUCACGGCAACAAACCAGGCCAUCCGGGCAUUGGAACUAUUACGAGAGAACAAAAAUGAGUUUGAUUUGGUCAUUAGUGAUGUUGAUAUGCCAGAUAUGGAUGGUUUCAAGCUGCUAGAGCUUGUAGGGCUGGAGAUGGAUUUACCUGUCAUAAUGCUAUCAGCAUAUGGUGAUACCAACCUUGUGAUGAAGGGUAUCACCCAUGGAGCUUGUGAUUAUUUGCUGAAGCCUGUCCGCAUUGAAGAGCUAAAGAACAUAUGGCAACAUGUACUAAGGAGAAAGAAGUUUGAGCAGAAAAUUUCUAACAAACCUGAUGGUGAACUAGGCAGAGGGUUCAGAGGGAUGGGAAAAACUGAUCGGAAUGGUAAGCCUACCAGGAAAAGGAAGGACCAGAGUGAUGACGAAGAUGAGGAGCUGGAUGAAAACAGUGGGCGAAGUGAGGACCCAUCAGCUCAGAAAAAACCCCGUGUUGUUUGGUCUGUAGAAUUGCACCAAAAAUUUGUUGCUGCAGUUAAUUACCUGGGAAUUGAUAAGGCUGUGCCUAAAAGAAUUUUAGAGUUGAUGAACGUGGAGAAGCUGACCCGAGAAAAUGUGGCAAGUCAUCUCCAGAAAUACAGAAUUUUCCUCAAAAGACUUGAUUCUGUUGCGUCGCAGCAUGCCAACAUGGUUUCAGUUUUAGGAAGUGCAGAUCCUAGCUACUUAAGAAUGGGUUCUCUGAAUAAUAUUGGAAAUAUCCCUUUUAACCCGCUCAGAUCCAUCUCAUCUGGUUCAGUGCUUACGAGACUGAACAGUCCUUCUGGACUUGGGAUGUGUGGGUUUGCCCCUUCUAGCAUGAUUCAGCUCGCCAAUGCACCUAAUUCUAGCAGUUCAAUCACUAGCGAAAUUAACUUUCAGCAGUCCAUACAGCCUGGAAACCGAGAUAUGGAUAUUCUUGAAGGGAUGCCAUUGCCAUUAGGAACUGAUAAUCUCGGAGUUACUCAUCUUUAUCCUUUUUCAAAUGGUACGCGAAUGCCAGAAAGAAAAAUAGAUGGAGAUGGCAGAAGGAACUUGAAUAUUGGUGUUUCAGAUAACUCUAUAAUUUUGAGGUCCCGAGGUCAAUGCGUUCAAAGGAAAGAUUUUCUUGACAAUCACUUCCCCGUUAUAGCAUCUCCCAUGAAUACUGAGAGAUGUAACGACAAUUGGCCAACAGCUACUCAAUCAUCUCUUCUCGAAGCAAAUUCUUUUGGUACCGGUGUCUACUCACACCACGCUAUGCCCGGGGAUUUGGGAAACAACGCUAUGUCUUCUAAUUUACAUAACCCUUUAAACUCGGUGUGUCCUCAAGUACCUGACACUAGAACCGAGAUGCAAUGCCUGACAACGAUAAUUGACAAUGUUUCUGGAGUGAAGAUGAAUUUUAGCCCUCGACAAGAUUGGGACGACUUUGAACCGGAUUCAGCUCAUGUUCCAAGCCUCGUAUGCAGCUCCUCCGCUAACACAUUUCUUCCUCCAGAUGGUGGCCAGAGGCAGCAGCAGCAGCAGCAUGAUGAAUUUGAAAACGCGGCUGUAGAUAUGAAACAAGAAUAUUUAGAGGAGCAAUAGAAGCUGGAAUUGCUGGAGAAUUGAGUUUCAUGUUUGGAAAGGAGGAUAACAUGAGAUCCUAAGUUACGUUGGAGUUGAGGAAAGCUAGGGGAUAUGAUCGCGGGAUUUUCAGUCAAAUAGAUGACGGGCAAACUUGUUGGAUGGGAGUAUGGAGGGCGAACCGGUUAAUAAACAAUACAAACGUUCCAACUAUGAGCUGAAUUCUUUAAUAUAUUGAGCCAGUAAAGACUUGUUUAAGGCAGUGAUUUAGGAACACUGAGAUGAGAAGUUUCUAGUGCGUUCAUAUGUUAAUGCAAUAACCAAAUGCCUUUGAGUUAUUAUCUUAAACAACUUGAGAACAAGAUUGUCUGUGAUAUGUGUCUUUUUUUUUUCUUUCUUGCAAAUGUCCGGAUACUGCAAUAUAUCUGAGAUUAUAUCACCUGGGUUCCCUU